UGCUCCGUGCCCCCUCAGCUUCUUCAUACAUACCCUUCCUCACCAUCUCUAUCACUCACAUCCUCUCUCUCACUCUCCUUCUCUCUCUCUCUCUUUCCCCAUAGCUCUGCCUUUGUGUGCGUGAGUUUGUAUCUGAGCGUGUGAGUCAGUUGCAUCCUCAGCACCUGGGACCUUACCUCCAGUUUAUCACCGAAGAAGCCGAAUCGCAGACUCUUUGCUCCUCUGGAAAACACUCCGGCUGUGGGCUCUUCAGGUUUGCAGACAGGGGUCUGAACCAGAUUCUUUGCAGGUGCAUACGAGAGGAGAGGGAGGUCAAGAUGGGCUCCAGCUCCUCCUCCUAUGCCCCCAAAAUCAUUUACCUGGAUGUGGAUGGGAAAGUGCAAAAGGUAGUGUUCAGUCGGCACUGCAGUCCAUGUGACAUCAAGGAGCUCCUGUGUUCUUCAUCCAACAUUCCCAGGAACACUGCCAUCAUGAUGGUGGAUCCAGAGGGUGCUUUGGUCUCCAUAGAUCCCACCAUGCCCCCCAACUCUCCAAACUCUUUGUACAAAGUUGUCCCUCUGUCUACUGGGCAGAUUGGAGAGAAGGAGGACAUGUUUCAGAACGUGUUGUCCCAGGUGGCUGAUCAGUUCAGCAGAGCAUUUCGCAUCAAUGAGUUGAAGACUGAGGUGACCAACAGGCUGGCAAUGCUGGAGAAAAGAGUGGAACUGGAAGGCUUGAAGGUGGUAGAGAUUGAAAAGUGUAAAAAUGACCUGAAGAAGCUCAGAGAUGAGAUGACUUCAAGAGGUGGUGGCAGAGUAAACUGCCCAUGCAAAUACAACUUCUCGGACGAUGGCAAGAAAGUCACUCCUCGACGAGAUGUCCCCAAUUACCCAAAGUACACACUGUCUCAGGAGACUGUGGAGGCGCUCAAGAAGCCAACAUUUGAUGUCUGGCACUGGGAGCAUAAUGAGAUGCUGAGUUGUUUGGAGUACAUGUACCAUGACUUGGGACUUGUGAAGGAAUUCAACAUGAACCCCAUUACACUCAAACGCUGGCUGUUGGCCAUUCAGGAGAACUAUCGUAACAACCCUUUCCACAACUUCCGUCACUGCUUCUGCGUGAGUCAGAUGAUGUAUGGCAUGAUCAACCUCUGCGACCUACAGGAGAAGCUGACUCUCACAGAUAUGGGUAUUCUAAUGACAGCUGCAGUGUGUCAUGACCUGGACCACCCUGGCUACAAUAACACGUACCAAAUUAAUGCCCGCACAGAACUGGCAGUGCGCUACAAUGACAUAUCACCACUGGAGAACCACCAUUGUGCUGUGGCCUUCCAGAUCCUCUCUCUGCCGGAGUGCAACAUCUUUGCAAAUGUGGAUCCUGAGGCAUUCAAACAGAUCCGACAGGCAAUCAUCACCCUCAUUCUAGCCACAGACAUGGCCCGACAUGGCGAGAUACUAGACUCCUUCAAGCACAAAGUGGACAAUUUUGACUUCACCAAUGAGGAGCAUGUGACAUGUCUGAAGAUGGUUUUGAUCAAGUGCUGCGAUAUUUCCAAUGAAGUGAGGCCAACUGAGGUUGCAGAGCCGUGGGUGGACUGCCUACUGGAGGAGUACUUCAUGCAGAGUGACAGAGAGAAGUCGGAGGGCCUCCCCGUGGCUCCCUUUAUGGACAGAGAUAAAGUCACCAAACCCACUGCUCAGAUUGGAUUCAUCAAGUUUGUGCUCAUCCCAAUGUUUGAGACUGUCAUGAAGCUUUUCCCUCAGAUUGAGGAAAUCAUGGUUCAACCUUUGAGAGACUCACGAGACCACUAUGAGGAGUUGAAACAGAUCGAUGAUGCCAUGACAGAGGCACAGAAGAAAAAAUCUGAAAAUAUGUCAUUAGGCGGGAAGAAGAAGUAAGCUCUGCAGUGAGUGAGUGCAGUGGUGUCUGUGGGUCUUCUUUCGUGUUCAGAUUAAGAACAGACUUUAAAAAAGUUGACUGAGGCUUUCAGUGAGGACAAUCUGCGCCGUACCCAGACAACAGAUGGAUCAGGAGAGAAAGAAACGAGACUUCAUGGCUACAAACUGAGCUAAACUUAGGCGUCAAUGUGGCAGAUCUUGAACUUUGACUUAGACUUUUUGCACUGGAUGUAACAGAGAGGGACCCUGUGACCUCUGUCUAUUUAUGGUGUUUAUGUUGCUGUCUCUACUUUUUUAAUUAUUUUAGUAUCUCAAGAGUUUCUAAAGACCAAUUUGUCCAAAAAUUACAAAGUUCUAGGUUUGAUUACCAUGCAUUUUGAAAGAUUAAGAUGGCAGCAGAUAAGGCCUCAUGUAUCAUUGAUUCAGUAAAACGUAACAUUAAAUUUUUGUUCAUUUAUUCCCAAUUUCUCUGGUGGAAAAAUGAAAUGCACCAACGUGAGAUUUUUUCACCAUAAUGUAGCAAUACAUGUUUGAUUGGCAUGAUGCACUGAGUGUUUUCCAAAUAAUUAUUUGCACCUUUAUUUCUUAUUUGUUCACACACAAUAAGCAGUUCAUUAAAUCAUCAUAAGUCUGUGUGUUUUGUACUUUCACCACUUAAACAGUAGAGCCAGACAGGUGCAUAUAUCGUCUUAAGCGUGGCAGAGUUUAAGAUGUUAAACAGGAUGAACAACACAGAGUGAAGUAGGCUUUAUUUGAUUUGGCAGACAUGAGAAGUGAUAACUAACCUGCUGGCUGUGUACUUCCAUAACUAAUGUCCAGUAACUACAAGGAGAUCUAGGAUCUAAUCUAUACUCACAUGUUGUGUUUUGUAUGCCUGCACAUGAGUUUUUUCAUUAACUGUAGAUAAACACCUUGAUUGUAGAAAUCUUCCUUUAUUUACUUUUGACCAUGUUACACAACCUGCAUCUGGAGAUCUGAGAUCUCACCUCUCAGAUUCAGCUCUGAUUUAAUCCAUUAUAGUUUCAACUCUUUUAAUAUUACUGUAACACACAGCAGGAAGUGUAUUUUGGGUAAUAUUUGACUUUCUGAUACGGGUAUUCUACAUACUGGAAACAUCUAACCUGUAAUCGAUUUUAAAACUGCUUUAAAGCUCCUGUGAUGAAUUUGGUUUGUGUUUAUUUUUGCACCCCCUGUUGUCCAAGUGGUCAUCCCUGAUUUACAUGCUUGAUUUGUGUUUCUGAACAUAAAAUCCCCCCUCAUAUUCCUGUCUUAUAACAGUCAAAUGUAUCAUUCAUAUGUAUGUAUGAAAAAAAUGUUGUAUCAUUGAAAUGCAGGUAAUCACUGGGUGUAACACCUUCCCCCCCACCAGUGGUUUUACACAUUAAAAUAAAAUCCCUUUAUAGAAGUAGUCAUUCUUCUGUUAA